UAUAUACGAAGAACUGAUUUCAAAAAAACACAUUGAAAUCUUUCACAUGUUUUACUUAUAACAAGUUCACCAAGAAUUGUAAAUGAUUGUCUUUGAAUUCUUGAUUUCCUCAUAGUACGGAAUUCAUAAUAACAGUUUUAUCCUCCUCAAUGGUUUUAUCUUUUAAUGAAAACGGUAUAAGGGACUAAAGAAGAUUGUUAAACUGCCUACGAAAAUUCCCUGAAUUCGCCCCAUUCAUAGAACUCGUCUCGUAAGCAUCGUCGGUGGUUCGAGUUUCAAAUACCUACGCGAAAGUAUGAGUGACUUUGUAUUUAACGAUAUGUUGAAUUCUAAUCGAGCAUCGGCGGAUACGGGUUUCGGUGAAUUAUUACGGUCAGCAGAGCGGUUAUCCGCUGCUGUGGAAGGCACCGAAGAACUUCCUCAAGUUGAGAGAAAUCUUCGACAGAUCUUAGAAGCUUCCAACGAACUAUGGUCUCGUGUCACGCAGACCGGCACUCAGGAUAAUCAAGUACAGGCACACCUUUUACUUGGUUCUCGUGGAAUUGAUUUACCUCAGAUAUCACAGAAAUUAAGUUCACUUAGUGCAAGGCGUACAUUUGAACCUUUAGAUCCCAUUGCAGAUACAGAUGUAGUUAGUUAUUUAAGAAAUGAAAAAGAAAAUGCGAUCUUAUCGAUCAUUGAACAAGUUCAUAAAGAUACAUUUGAACUCACAAGACUUCAACAAAUGGAGCACAUGUUAGGUGAAUGGAAACAAAUGAGAUUUGAGAUAAUAAAUGCAAUGACUGCACCUUCUGGGGAACUCGUAGAUUUACGUGGUACGCCACAACGUACUAAACUGGCUGGGUCCAUGGUUAGUGGUUUAUCGAAUAUAGAAAUGGCUUACGUGAAAGAAUUGACGAAGUAUAAUGACCAUGUGCUCAGAGGCAUAACUAGGCCAAAUUUGUUCGAUGCAUUUUAUAAAGCUGCGCAGUCACAAUCGUUCGACAGCAAAAAAGCUGUGGAUCUUUGGCAAAUGGUUAAGAAGAUGGUAGACAUUCCACCGGUUCCCAGAGGAGACCCGAUUAAAUCUAGGAGUAGUACUAUUGUUGAGCAGGAAAUAGUAUCACGCGCGAGAAAAUAUUUGGAGGGUAGAUACAAAGAUUUUAUAAUAUCUGUUAUCGAGGAAAAUUUAGAGCAAGCUCAAAGGGGUGGCACCCCAGGCAUUCUGCCUUUGGUCAAGAGUUUUGUUAGGGUCAAAGUACAAAAUCUAUCAGACUUGGAGGGUGUCAUGGUUGAAGGAAAACCAUUGUGGCCUUUGGUUUAUUAUUGUAUGAGAGUUGGCGACUACAAAGCAGCAUUGCAAUGUCUUAAUCAAUGCAAUACAGAAUUCCCAGAAUUUCGAGAUGCUUUGGAAGAAGCUUGCUGCGACGCUAAGGGACACCCUACACCUUCUGCAGAAGCAAAUCUAAAAUUGCACUACAGGAAACACGUUAGAUCAGUCACCGAUCCAUAUAAAAGGGUCGCCUAUUGCGCGCUUGUUCCUUGCGAGCCAGACGACUUACAUUCCGACGUAAUCUGCACAGCUGACGAUUACUUAUGGUUAAAACUGUGUCAAGUUAGAGAUCAGCCAGACGCGGACAACAAAUUGACCCUCGACUAUUUACAAACUACAAUAUCGGAGAUAUACGGAGAAUCAUAUUAUCAUGCACACGAACAGCCAUUUGUGUAUUUUUCGAUGUUAUUUUUAACUGGGCAAUUUGAAGCCGCGAUUGAAUUCUUGGCAAGAGGAGCAGGGGCGAGGCACUUGCCACAUGCCGUGCAUCUUGCAGCAGCUAUGCACGAGCACAAUUUAUUAGGCGUUAGCCAAAGCGUUCUGGCGCCUUUAAUAAGUGUCGAUCCCGCUGAUAAACCACCUGCGAAAAGAUUGAACUUCGCCAGGUUGAUACUAUUAUACGUGAGAAGAUUUGACUCGACAGAUCCAAAAGAAUGUUUGCAUUAUCUAUUUUUAUUGAGAUUUAUGAACGAUCCGCAUGAUCGCAACAUGUUCGCCGCAUCCGCCGCAGAAAUGGUAGUUGACGCGUCCCCAGCAAAUAGGACUAAGUUGGUCGGAAGAAUAGAAAAGGAUCGUCGGGUACCAGGAGAUUUAGACGAGUUCCAAGUUAAUACUGAGGAUGUGAUAAAUAUUAGCGCGGAUACGUUAUACAGAAAAGGGCUUUUAGAAGACGCUGUGACAAUGUACGACCUCGCUGGCAAUCACGAGAAAGUUCUCAGUUUAAUGUGUACGCUUUUAGCGCAAGUUGUCAGUCAAAGUGCUCCGCCAGGCUCGCUUAGAUCUCGAUUGCAAGUCACUUCUACUGAGAUAAGCACGAGAUAUGAAAAUAUUGAAAUACAAGCACCAUCGGAAUUAGUGUCUGCAUUUUACACUUUAAGGCACUUAAUGGUUUUCUUUGACCAGUUUCAUAAUGAACAAUAUCAAAGUGCGCUUAGGACCAUUGCUGAAUCAAGAUUGUUGCCAUUACAUAUAAAGGAAGUCGAUGAGAGGGUGAACGCUCUGCGACGCGUGCCGCCCGAAGUAUCUGGUACCUUAGCUGACGUCCUUUUGGCUACAAUGACAAUCCUUUAUAGGCAGCAUCUGAAGUUAAGAUCGAUGGAACCGGGCGAUGAAGAAACAAGAAAGCAGCAGCUUAUCGACCUCCGGGAACAAGCACGAGCUUUAACGAGUUUCGCGGGGACACUUCCAUAUCGAAUGCCAAACGAAACAAAUAGUAAACUUGUACAAAUGGAGAUUCUUAUGUGUUAAAUUAAACAUUUCCUUUAUUUUGGAUAUACAGUUUCAAGCGAACGAGUACUGAAUUUGUGAAACACAAAAGCGUUCAUAAAACCAAGUUUUAUAAUGCAUUAUA